GUGAACGCCGUCCGUGCCCGCUCCGCAGCCCGCAAGUCCGGCACUUUCAAGGGAGCUCCUGAUGCCGUGGUCAACGGGAGCGCAACUACCGUCGAGUCCACCAACUGGGCCGGUGCUGCUAUCUCUACCUCAGGCGUCACUGAGGUUACCGGGACUUUUACGGUUCCGAAGCCCAGCGUUCCGUCGGGAGGGAGUUCCAGUACCGAGUAUUGCGGAGCGGCUUGGGUGGGAAUUGAUGGGUAUAGUGAUGAUGAUCUGAUUCAGACUGGUGUUCUCUGGUGUAUUCAGAAUGGAGAGUACUUGUACGAGGCUUGGUACGAGUACCUCCCCGCUUCUUUGGUUGAAUACUCCGGCAUCACCGUAACUUCAGGAUCAGUCGUGACCGUCACAGCCACCAAGACCGGCACCAACAGCGGAACCACCAAACUCACCAGCGGCGGCACGACCGUAACCCACACCUUCACGAACCAAGGCUCCAGCCUGCCCGGCACCAGCGCCGAGUGGAUCGUCGAGGACUUCGAAUCCAACGGCUCGCUGGUCCCCUUUGCCAAUUUCGGAACCGUCACAUUUACUGGAGCGAGCGCGAUUAUUAACGGGGUUACGGAGACACCGGGUGGAGAUGGGGCCAUUAAUAUUGAGUUGGAGAGUUCGAGUGGGAAGAUUCUGACUUCGACUACGAUUUCGGGGAGUACCGUGACGGUUACUUAUGAGUAG